UAAAACGCCAACUAAACGACGUCGCUUUAGUCGUUGUAAAUUUACCCUUUUUAUGUCUCUCCCAGAUACUGAAAACUAGCAGCGGACCUUGUUGAGCAAAUCGGUGAGGAGAGAGAGAUCGCAAAGAGAGAGAGAGAGAUGUCUUCGUUUCUGAAAUCGUUCCUGGAUCCAAAGAAGAACUUCCUAGCUCGUAUGCACAUGAAAGCCGUCUCCACCCGCCUCCGUAGAUACGGUCUGAGGUACGACGAUACGUACGAUCAGUAUUACCACAUGGACAUCAAAGAGGCCCUGAACAGGUUGCCGAGGGAGGUGGUCGACGCCCGUAACCAGCGUCUCAAGCGUGCCAUGGAUCUCUCCAUGAAGCACGAGUACCUUCCCAAGGAUCUUCAGGCGGUGCAGACUCCAUUCCGUAGCUACCUUCAGGAGAUGCUGGCUCUCGUUGAGAGGGAAAGAAAGGAACGAGAAGCCUUGGGAGCGUUGCCGCUCUACCAGCGCACACUUCCUUAAGAAACCUUUUUCCCCCAUUUCUUUCUUAUGAUGAUGAUCAACUCUGUUUUUCUGCAUAAAACUCAUCUCCUAAUGGAUGACAUUGAUAUUUUGUUGUUACAUUUUCAUGUUUGCUGGCUUGAAUAAAAUCGAAACUCAACUCUGCGUGGCUCAA